AUGUCGGUGCACACUUUGUCUGGUUAUGUCUCUUAUCUUGUUAAAUAUGAUUUUAUUUGUGAAGAGUUUACAAAAAAGUUAGGGUUUAGCUCUGUCGAACAACUUUUAGUGACUGGACCUUCGGGGAGGUACUACUUGGUAACUGAUGACGAAGGUGUGAAGACUCUUCAGUGCUUGUUUUCUAAAGACUUCAAGGUGAUUAAUUUCUUUACUGUUGAUGAGUCUGACUUAAAGGUAUUUGCUCAAAAUAUUACUCAUCAUACAGAGACAUAUUCUAUAGACAUUGAUGUAGCUUUUGAACGCGAACAUAGUCUUGGGGGAAGUGACUUUGAUGAAUCAGAUUGUUUUGAGGAUGAUUCUAUAGAACUUGAUGGUAUUAUCAAAGAAAAGAAGAUGGUUGUAACUGAUAAGUUGGAACAUUUUAAGGAGUUAGAGCUAGGUAUGACAUUUAAGGAUAUUGUAGAAGCUAGAAGGGCAGUAAACUUCUAUGCACUAGUAAAUAAAAAAGGGUUGAAGUUGCUCAAAACUGAUACGUCUAGGGCUAGUUACAAGUGUGCUGAAGGCUACCCUUUUAGACAGUAUAUUUCAAAUGAUAAGAAGUGUCCUACCAUUAGAAUCAAAACAUUGAAAGAUGAACAUACAUGUGAUCCAUGUUUAAAAAAUGCUAGGGCUGAUCAGAAUACUUUGGCCCAAUUUUUUAAGAGAAAGGUGCAGUACAAUCCUAAGUACAAGUUACAGGAUAUGAAAGCUGAGUUGGAGAGUGGUUUUGAUUUAUAUGUGUCCAAAAGUAAGUUCAAAAGGGCCAUAGGUUUGGCUCUUAAGAAGUUGGAGGGCAGUUUUGUUGAUAACUAUAACAAACUCGAGGCAUAUGGACAAAAAGUAAGACAAUCAAAUUCGGGCAGUGAUGUUGUGAUCAAUUUAUCAAAGAAUGCUCUUGAAGAAGGGAAAAUAAAGUUCUUAAGGAUGUACAUAUGCUUCAAUACAUUGAAAAAUGGGUGGAAAAGUGGCUUGAGACCACUAAUUGGGCUGGAUGGUACCUUUCUUAAGGGUAGAUUUAAGGGUCAGUUGUUAGUGGCUAUUGGUCAAGAUUGUAUGAACCAAUUUUAUCCUCAUGCAUGGGCUGUGGUAGACAAGGAAACUGCCAGGACUUAG